UCACGGUGAAUAUCACUUCUUCUUCAGUCUUAAGCGGACUGUGUUGGUGGGUGCUCCACAGUGACUUCCUUGGAUCAUUUCUAAUCACUGCACUGCCAUGCGUUGGGCACAUUUCCUCAUGCUCGUUUUGGCCUUAGCGCAUGCAAGAGAAGAAGAAAUCAACGAAAUUAACCCACCACGCAAACCGCCAGUUAACUUAGAUGCGAAUCUUCGACAAGCACUUCUGAAAGCUUUAACCGAAUUAGAAAACGAAGAAAACCAGAAGAAGCAAACACAAGGCCCUUUGCUACACGUAGACACCAGAGACAAGAUUGUUGAAAAAGCUUCAGCAUCCGCACUGUCAUUCUUCGCAAGCACUGAUUCGUCACCCACAGAGAAACAAACUACAACGGAAGAAUCUACCGCGAAAUCGAUAGUUCUAAUACAGCAAAGUCUACAACAAAAACCGAUUAAUACUUUAGAAAAAUAUCGUGUCGAUUCAAACAACGAACACGAACAUAUACUCACCAGCGCCACGAGUAGCUUUAGUUCUUCAUCCAAUAAGUUUUCACACAGCAAAACCGAAAAUCAGAACCCGAACGCACUCUCGUCCGUAACGAAAACGACGACAAAACUUUCAAAGGCUCCAAAAGCGGAAACUACGACGGUCAGAAUAACUACGUCAACGGAAGAAAGCGAAGCUAAAGUUGAAGAUGUCCAGUUCUUUUCGGCACCGCUAGUUGCAGCGUUUACUGUCCAUCAAGAUGAAAGAGGAUUACCUAAAAGUGUGGAACCGAUUUAUCGCACUGUCCAGAAAGCGGAACAAAAAUUAAAGGAGCAAAAAUUUGAAGCUUUAACCACACAGCGACCUUUUAGUCAGCAGCAACAGGAGCAAUUCAGAACACAGUUAGCACUUCAGGACAAACAAAGAGCACUCGAAGCUGAAAUUUUGAAGUUAAAACAACAGCAGCAACAACAGAAUUAUCUGAUUCGACAGCAACAAAUUCUCCAUCAGCAACAGUUGCAGCUCCAGAAACAGAAGAUUUUGGAUGAGCAGGCGCGCAUUAUUCAAACACAGCAACCGUUUCUGCCUACUCAACAAUCAUUCCUUCCUACUCAGCAGCCGUUUCUUCCCACAAUCAGCAGCUUUGAACCGACUACGCAAAGAAACGUAGUAUUUAACAGUGACAACUCUAGGGUCAAAGGAAGUUUGGUAUCGUUCCAACCAAGCAUCAGUUUCACUUCACAUCAGCAUCCUUCAGGGGUUUUACCACUCAAUGCGCAACAACUUCCUGUUAAAACUGCGAUAGACUUUCGGUCUCCAUUUGCUUCUACUAGUAAUUUUCAACAAUUUAAUUAUUUGAGUCAUCAGCAACCACCUUUAGAGAAUAGUGUUUCUACAUUCAAUUUAGUACCGACGGUUGAACCACAGUUGACACUCACCGCACCUAAACAUCAUCGUGUAUUUCGACAAGAAGCAACUACAGGGAAUUACUUAAAUAAUGGUUUUAAUAGUUUUAAUAAUUUUAACCGCUUUAACCAAGCUGUUCCGUCGCAUCCAAAUAGCAACAGGUUCUUUAGAUCAAGUGUGGAAACUAUCAAGUCUUUGCCAUUUGGAUUUAACCAAGCACAACCUCCUGUUGUUAAUCAACAGUUGAAUCAUUUAUUGUACAAUUCAGGUUUCAUAAGAGGAAAACAACAGGAAGACCUGAAUAUUGUUUCGAAAGUUCUCGCUUUAAAUCAUUACGGUGGAGACUAUAGGUUUGAUAGCUCGAAUGUUAACGAACAAAGGGUUGCGGCACCAGUGAUUAAAAAAGUUUGAUAUUUUCAGUAUUUAUUAUGGUAUUUAAUAGUCAUACAACUGUGUCAAAAUCCGAUCAACGCUAAAGAAUGUAAGCUUAAUCGGUAUAGUACAAUAUAAUAUUAAGUUAUUGUGUAAAUAUUCUUACUUUAUGUAAUGCUGAUGACUGAUUUCGCGCGUAAGAUAUUUCAGCCGAGGAGAUCAUGACUUUAUCAGUGCGUUAUUAUUUAUAAAGUACCAUAUGUUACAACGAAUGAAAUAAGACAAGUAUUAUUUGUACCACUAAUAAAAAAUUAAAUUUU